AUUAUUUUGUCCAAGAACAUUCUGAUGAGUUAUUUGAAGAUUCUGAACCUGAACAAGUCACUACCUAUUCUAGCAAUAAUGAGGUUUCAUGUGCUGAUGAAAUUCCACUUGUAGAAAAUAAUUUGUUUGUAAGUGAAGGUUCAAAUAUAGAAGAAACUUUAUCUACUGAUGAAAUUUCAACAAAUAAUUUAUCAGCAAAAUGCAAUAAUCAUGAAUUUUCUGUUUGGACAUAUUUUGAAAAACAGAAAACUCAAAAUCAAAAAAGUACAACAACAAAUUUAUUAGAUCAUCUUCAAAUAAAGCAUAAUAUAACUAAGAAAAGCAAAUAUCAAAAAUAUAUUCAACAGAGUUCUAAUAUUCAUAAAAAAAUUAUUCAACAAAAGAUUGAUGCUCUUUUAGUAAAACCACAUAAUUCAAAAAAACAAGAAAAAAUAAUUCAGAAGCUUUUAAAAUUAAUUGUAGGAGAAGAACUUCCUUUUAUUCUUAUAGAACGUAGAUGGUUUAAAGAAUUUGUUAACUAUAUUGAUUCUCGUUUCAAAAUUCUAUGUGUCAAAACUUUUUCAAAAUAUAUAUCUCAAUCAUAUGAAUAUAGUACUUCUUUACUUAAGCAAAUUUUAGAUACAAAAAGAAUUGCACAAUUACUUGAAGCUGCAAUAGAAAAAUGGUCAAUUCAAAAUAAAGUUAUUAUAGUAUCAACAGAUAACAGAUCUAAUAUCAAAGCUGUUUUUCAUCAUCAUCUUUCUCAUAUAAUUAAUAUUCUAUGUAUUGUACAUACACUUCAAUUAAGUAUUAAACAGGGUAUUAUAGCUGCUA